UGCUGUUUUCGUCACAUGACAUUAAACAUGGCUGCAUGUGAGCGAAAGAAAGAUGAAGACUCGAUCUUGGAGCCGCUGUGUUUCCCUGAAGGGUCUCCAGACUCAGCCAGUGUUGCCAGUCUGCCGAGUCCUAGCUCUGAGCUGUUGGUGUGCCUCUUCUGCACCGAGUCUACCCGCCUGGACAUGAAGGAUGAACUUCUCAAGCAUCUUUUACAAGAACACAAAUUGGUCAUUGCGGAUGUUAAACUCAUCGCAAAUCUACCAAAAUACUUACUGUACUGGAAAGGAAGAUUACUGGAGCAACCGGUCACUGACUUCUGUAGUGUCAUCAAGACAAACUCCACAGGCCCAGCAGAUAAACAAGAAAACUAUUUCCUGUUGUGUGACAUCCUUCCAGAAGAUCGUAUUCUUCGAGAAAAUCUGCAGCAAAAACGGCUGGAGGAGGUGCUGGAGCAGCAGCAGAAGGAGAGGGAUGACAACACCUUCAGCCGGCCAUGUUUGUUCUGCAGUGAGGAGUUCACAGGAAACAGAUCGUCCCUCCUUAACCACAUGGCCAGAGAACACUCUUUCAGCAUCGGCCUGCCUGACAACAUUGUAUACUGCGAUGAGUUUCUAAACACGCUGCAGAAAAAACUGGAUGACCUGCAGUGUUUGUACUGUGAAAAAACCUUCAGAGAUAAAACCACAUUAAAGGAUCACAUGAGGAAGAAAACGCACAGACGAAUCAACGCUAGCAAUCGUCAGUAUGACCGUUUCUACGUCAUUAAUUACCUGGAGCUGGGAAAAACAUGGGAGGAAGUUCAGAGCGAAGACGACCGAGAGCUUGUUGAGGAUGACGAUGAUGAUUGGUCCGACUGGCAGGCUCACCCGGUUCUCGCUGUGUGUCUCUUCUGCGACCAUCAGUCGGACACAAUGGAUCAGAUCUACAUUCAUAUGAAGGGAGCUCAUGGAUUUGAUCUUCAUAAACUAAGAACAGAUCUUGGUCUUGGAUUUUACCAGCAGGUCAAACUAGUCAACUUUAUUCGCCGGCAAAUUCACCAGAGUCGUUGCUAUGGCUGCGAGGAGAAAUUUGAAAGUCGCCAGGAGGUCCUGCAACACCUUGAGCUACGAGGACAUGUGAUGAAGCUGCCGGACAUGUUGACCUGGGACCAACCACAAUACUACUUCCCUACCUAUGAGAACGAUGCCCUCUUGUGUACACUGUCUGACAGUGACGGUGAGCAAAGCGAUGAGAGGCAUCACCAUGACAACGUCCCUGUAUUUGCCGAAGAUGACAGAGAGCUUCAGCUGCUACGACAAACCAGCGUCCUGAAUCAGCUGCUGAAGAAUCGAACCCAUUAGAUCUAAUGAGCAAAUUCUCUGCAAGAGCUGAGCUCUUCGCAUGAGUUCUGAGGUCCAUUUUGGGCAACCGAAACCUGAGAUAUGUUUGAACCAUGUGGCAUCCAAGGACACAGUAAUAUUUUGGUUUUCCCACAAUUCUCUUCUUCCCAUCCCAAUAAAUCUGUCAAAAGCAGAGUUUCCAUGACAUUUGUUAAAGCGAACAACUGUUAUAUCUCCUUGAAUGGACUUUCUAAAACGUUUGUUUGAACUCUAGGUGGUGAAUUCUGUUGAUUUGAAAUCCACAAGCCUGCCUUGCUUUUUUGUGUAUCCCUCUAA